CUUGUAGAAUUUGUAAUAACUAAUGAGUAUCCUAUUUCUUCUGCUUGUUGGUACAAAACAGUGAGACGAUUUAAGCGGAAACAUCUUACAACUAUCGACUGCCAAUAUUUGGCUCGGAGUCACUUGGCUGUGACCCAGCCCUUCGGUCAAAGAUGGACAAACAGAGAUCCGAACCAUGGUCUCUAUCCUAGACCCAGAACAAAAAGAGGGAAUAGGGGUCAAGGAUGUCAAAAAUACAUCCCUGAGUUCUUCCUAGCUGGCCAGCAGCAGUGUACCAAUGACAUGGCCAAGAGCAUUGUCUGCCAAGACAGUUGUCAGGACUCCGAGGGUGACAGUCAUCCUGCAGAGAGCAGUUGCGCCCUGCCUCAGGAAGGAAGCGGUCUCGGUCCUUUGAGAGAGAGGAAAGCUACAGAUACCAGCCAGUGGGAUGGAUUUACUAAAAACCCUACGGCAUCAUUUGCCCUGUCUUGCACAAAGCCUAGGGAAACUAGGCAAGAAGCAGAGGACUGUCUGUCACUGGGCUGUGUGGAUUCUGGAGAAACUGCAAGACAUUGAGACAUUGCUGAGCCCAUUCCUGAUUCAUACUAUUGGGCUUCUUGGCCUUGGCCCUGCCAAAAAGCACCAAGCCACAUUUGUAGCCUGCCUAGUGAAGUCCUGAGGCACAUUGCCUUCCUCCCUGUGGAAGACCUCUAUUGGAAUCUGAGCUUGGUGUGUCACCUCUGGAGGGAGAUAUCAUCAGACCCCCUGUUCAUUCCUUGGAAAAAGCUGUAUCAUCGAUACCUGAUGAAUGAAGAGCAGGCAGUCAGCAAAGUGGAUGGCAUCCUGAACUGUGGCAUAGAAAAGGAGUCAGAUUUAUGUGUGCUGAACCUCAUACGAUAUGUAGCCAGCACUAAAUGCUCCCCAAGUGUAGACUCUGAGAGGGUGCUUUGGAGUCUGAGAGAUCAUCUCCUUCCUGAGGCAGAGGCGUGCGUGCGUCAACACCUGCCUGACCUCUACAUGGCUGCUGGGGGUGUUAACAUCUGGACCUUGGUGGCAGCUGUGGUGCUCCUCUCCAGUGGUGUGAAUGACAUUCAGCAGCUGCUCUUCUGCCUCAGGAGACCUGGCUCCACAGUGACUAUGCCAGAUAUCACUGAGACCUUAUACUGCAUAGCUGUGCUCCUCUAUGCCAUGAGGGAGAAGGGGAUUAACAUCAGCAAUAGGAUUCACUACAAUUUUUAUUGCCUAUAUCUUCAGGAGAAUUCCUAUACUCAGGCCACCAAAGUUAAAGAGGAGCCAUCUGUCUGGCCAGGCAAGAAAACAUCCAUCCAGCUUACACAUGAACAACAGCUGAUUCUGAAUCAUAAGAUGGAACCUCUCCAGGUGGUAAAAAUUAUGGCAUUUGCAGGCACUGGGAAGACCUCUACCCUAGUCAAGUAUGCUGAGAAGUGGUCUCAGAGCAGAUUUCUGUAUGUAACAUUCAACAAGAGCAUCGCAAAGCAGGCCGAGCUCGUCUUCCCCAGCAAUGUCAUCUGCAAAACCUUUCAUUCCAUGGCUUAUGGGCACAUCGGGCGGAGGUACCAGCUGAAGAAGAAGUUGAAUCUCUUCAAGUUAACGCCUUUCAUGGUCAAUUCUGUCCUUGCUGACGGGAAAGCUGGAUUCAUCAGGGCCAAGCUGGUGUGUAAGACUUUAGAAAACUUCUUUGCCUCAGCUGAUGAAGAGCUGACUAUCGAUCAUGUGCCUAUUUGGUGUAAGAACAGCCAAGGACAGAGAGUCAUGGUUGAACAGAGUGAGAAGCUGAAUAGUGUCCUUGAAGCAAGCCGGCUCUGGGACAACAUGAGGAAGCUGGGGGAAUGCAAAGAAGAGGCUUACCAAAUGACUCAUGAUGGCUAUUUGAAACUCUGGCAGCUGAGCAAGCCUUUGCUUGCCUCUUUUGAUGCUAUCUUUGUGGAUGAGGCCCAGGACUGUACCCCAGCUAUCAUGAAUAUAGUUCUGUCUCAGCCAUGUGGGAAGAUCUUUGUAGGGGACCCACAUCAACAGAUCUACACCUUCCGUGGUGCAGUCAAUGCUCUGUUCACAGUCCCCCACACUCACGUCUUCUAUCUCACACAGAGUUUUAGAUUUGGCGUGGAAAUAGCUUAUGUGGGAGCUACUAUCUUGGAUGUCUGCAAGAGAGUAAGGAAAAAGACCUUAGUUGGAGGAAACCAUCAGAGUGGCAUAAGAGGUGAUGUGAAGGGACAAGUGGCUCUGUUGUCCCGGACCAAUGCCAAUGUGUUUGAUGAGGCCGUACGGGUUACUGAAGGAGAAGUACCUUCCAGGAUACAUUUGAUUGGGGGUAUUAAGUCAUUUGGAUUGGACAGAAUCAUUGAUAUUUGGACCCUUCUUCAGCCAGAGGAAGAACGGAGGAAACGAAACCUCGUCAUUAAAGACAGAUUCAUCAGAAGAUGGGUGCACAAAGAAGGCUUCAGUGGCUUCAAGAGGUAUGUGAUCGCUGCUGAGGACAAGGAGCUUGAAGCAAAGAUUGCAGUAGUUGAAAAGUACAACAUCAGGAUUCCAGAACUGGUGGAAAGGAUAGAAAGAUGUCACAUAGAAGAUUUGGACUUCGCAGAGUACAUUUUGGGCACUGUGCACAAAGCCAAAGGCUUGGAGUUUGACACUGUGCAUGUUUUGGAUGAUUUUGUGAAAGUGCCUUGUGCCAGGCAUAAUCUUGCCCAGCUUCCUCACUUCAGAGUUGAGUCAUUUUCUGAGGAUGAAUGGAAUUUAUUGUAUGUUGCAGUAACUCGUGCCAAGAAACGUCUCAUAAUGACGAAAUCACUGGAAAACAUUUUGACUCUGGCUGGGGAGUACUUCUUGCAAGCAGAGUUGACAAGUAACGUUUUAAAAACAGGAGUGGUUCGCUGCUGUGUGGGGCAGUGCAACAAUGCCAUCCCUGUAGACACAGUCCUCACCAUGAAGAAACUGCCCAUCAUUUAUAGCAACAGGAAGGAAAACAAAGGUGGCUACUUCUGCCACUCAUGUGCAGAACAGCGGAUCGGGCCGUUGACAUUCUUGACUGCCUCGCCAGAGCAAGUGCGAUCCAUGGAACGCACUGUGGAAAACAUAGUGCUACCCCGGCACGAAGCCCUGCUCUUCCUUGUCUUCUGAAGCCAAGAUGAGCAUUUGCCAUGGUGCAGAGAGCCCACUUGCUGUGGGUUCUAUGUACUGAAGAGAGCCAGUGUGGGCAGGGUCCCUGUUCACCUGAGACUCUGAGUUCAAUCACAGAGCAUUUUCUGAGGAAGAAGACACCAACCAGAGUUGGACCUGCCAUUUCUUUGUUCCUUACAGAUAGCAGUUUUCACUUGCCUGUCCUCUGUAUGCAUCAGAUCAGGGAAGUGGAGAAAGUUCUUUUGAUAAAAAAAACAUUUUAUGUAUUUAAACUUUUAUUACCAGGUUUCAAUUAAACAGGCAUUGCAGCACUGGCA